AUGCCCAAUCAACUGCCAAUCUCCCAGAAAGACCAGUCUGCAUUCUCGUCCCGUCAUGGAAUAAGCCACAGGAAUACCGCUUCAGGAGUGAGAAGGCCAGCGCUAUCCAGAACUCAGUCAAAUUAUGCUAGCGCAACAAAUUCAGGAACUUCGAAUACUGUAUUGAACUCCAAGUCAACCAAGGCUCUGGGAAGGGAAAGAUCCAGUAGCACAAGCUCAAAUGGAAGUUCUGCUCCCACACUUAAUGCUGCAACAACUGGGGACUCUAGAAAGACUCGUGUCAAAUCAAUGAGUCAGACACUCGCCAACAAUCUCCACAACAGCAAUCAGUAUCUUGCCCAAGAACGGGCUUAUCUCAGAAGGAUAAGAAACCAAUGGGAUAAUGAUUACUAUACCAAAGGAAUUAAAAGUGCGGACGAUGAACUGAGCAAGGGCGAGAUUAACAAUAAUGAAGAUGAUGAAGAUGAUGACGAUUUCCUGACCUACGGUAACACUGACCUUCUAAUAGACAUGGAUGAUGAAAAAUACCAGAUCGACUACAGUCUCGCGUUUGAUAUCAUGAAGUCAUCAAACUCUAACAUCAAUUUCGAUAAAUCAAAUCUGAUAAGCGAGGAUACAGUGAAAGAUCCAGCAGUUCUUGAACGUCUUGACUGGCAGGCAAUGUUAUCUUCUGUACUCACAGGAGAUGUUGUUAGGUCAGAAAAAACUAAAAUUAUCGAUAAUACAAGUGUCAACGACGGCCAAGAGCCCUUUUUGCAUACGAACUACAAGGAGAACCUAUGGUUUGGAAUUCGUGCAAAGCUAUUCAAUAGGACAGAGGAUGAUCAAAAGAAGAUAAUCUUCUACCGCAGAACUCUUACUGAGCAGUUGAUUGAAGAGAUAAUGAGCUUCGAACUCUCAUACGAUAAAGACAGUAAAUCACCGCGCCAGCAGGUUGUUGAAAUUCUUGAGAAGUACGAGAGAGUAUGCGAUCAAUGGCAAAGCUUGGAGGAUAUGAAGCAUGACAAGCCCGCGUGUCGAUCCGAAGCAUUCCAAAACCGUAUUGACGCCCUCAACGCAUGGUUAAGUAUUACCGAUGCAAUUGAAAGAGAAUCGCAGUCAUUCAAACUGUGGGUUGGGAAUGAUGAUCUUGAUAUUAUGAGGGGAAAAGCAGAUGCGCUGGUACCCAAUGAAGCUGAACUUGAAAGGAAUAGCCUCACUAGCUCUAAAAACAAAGUUGUGAAAAAAAUCUUUGAGGAGGAUAAUAAGUCUUUGGCUGAACGUCUUAUGAAGGAGAAAGACGUUCACACUAUCUUCCGCAAACGAAUUUUUAUACCGUUAGCACCAUGGAUGGUCAAGUCAAGAGAGACAUAUAUCAAUCUCGGCCAUAUCUUCGAGAUGCUCAAACUUCCUGAUUAUAUCCAUGACCUAAUCCAGCUUUGCCUCAUUCCCUUGCGUCUCAUUAAGGAGAUUAUCAACAUACGAAUGAAGUAUGCCUUGAAGCUUCAAAAUCCCACUUUGAUGAUGAUUGACCAGAUGAUUGAGGAUUUCAAAUCGUACAUCACAAUCGCGCUAGAAGUGAAGAAUGGUAUAAUGAGCUAUUGCAAGCCUGAUGAGAAUAAAACGUGGCUCAUUGAAGAUUUAUUCGACUCGGAUAUCCUAGAUUUCGACAAAGUCGUUCUUCAGUGCGUCCGCUACUUCCUCGUUCUUCUCAAUAGGAAGCUUAUAGAUAGCUCCAAAACACCAAGCACGUUCAGAACAAAUAAGGAACCGGAGGAAUUGGAAGACACUUGGAACUUUCUCAAAUCACUAGGUGAAUUCAUUGAUGGGGGCAGCAUAGUCGUUGCGGAGAAUAUUACUCUCAUCACGCUGCGAUUGUGUCAAAAGCUUUUGUCGUAUCUCAACAACCAGAUCAAAAAUCCCCCCAGCUCUAAUAUGAGCUCACUGGAACUUAUAAGGUGGUAUAAUUCUACCACAGAAAACUUCGGGCAGUUGAGAAGAAAGCUUGCGAGAUUCACAAGUGAAUUGUCACGCUCGUUCACCAAUUCAGUGGCUUUUGAAAUACCAACAAAUAACGGGAGUCGAACUAAAGCCUUGCUAGAGGCCUUGAAAAGUACGAAUCAUUUUCUUGUCUACACCGGUACCGUCGAGGCACAGGGGAUGUACUUUUUCUCAAGUCCUGAGUUGCGAGAUAACGAAUCUGAAAUUUUGAGGAUCAUAAAUGGAUCGCGGAUUGGUAUCGAUCAGUCUGAGUCGUUCGAUGAGUUUGUUAGCCUCUUGAACAUGGUGAACGUCUCAGGUAUGGAGUUUGCUAUCCCAGACGAGUAUAUUCUGAACCUCGGAUACGUUUUGGCUUUGUGUCCGCCUAAGCCUAUUGUUUGGGAGGGUGAUAUGAUCACAUUGAACAUAAAAGAAGUCCCUAUAUCAGAUGUCAAGGUGGGUCAAAUGCUUUUUGUGACAAGUGAUCCAGAAUUUAAUCUUAUGGAGCUAAAAAGUCGCUUUGUUGAAACGGUAACAGAUGCAAUGGGUGGAGGAAACACCCUUAAAGUCGUGGAGCAGCGCUCUUCGUUGGCGAAAGUCCAUCAUGAGCUCACCAAAAUCAACAAAAUUUUCUUCAAAAUGACUUUGGCGAUACUUGAUUCUGUGAAAAUUAUUAUGGAACGAUGCAAAAAACUUAUACCAAGCGGUGGUUACCAAGAAUUGGUCAAUUCUUAUUUCAUUUAUGCCAGAGACUUUGGAAAGGGUUCGGUGAAGUGGGCAGACCCCCUGAAAAAAUCCACUGUGAUAAUGAAGUUGAUUCAACUUUCCAUCCAAUGGGUAAGCUUUAUUUGCGAUGAUUGUAUCCCGACAGACAGGAAAACCUUUCGAUGGUGUGUGCUUGCUCUCGAGUUUUCAAUGGAGAUGACUCGCGGAUUCAACGUUUUGGUUUUAAACGAGGAACAGUUCAAUAAGCUUAGACUCAAAGUGGCUCGAUGCAUGUCACUCUUGAUCUCUCAUUUCGAUAUCAUGGGAGCUCGUUCAAGCGAGGCUGAGAAGAAGAAGUUGCUUAAGUGGACAUCUCAACGUCACAAAAUUGAGAAUACUACUGACGAUGAAUAUAUUCUUACAGCUUAUCGCGAAGAUGUCAUGAGGGAAAUCGAGGAAAUUGAGAAUUACAGGGCAGAAGUUCAAGAGCAGCUCAACUCUAUUGGUCGGGUGUUGGAUGUGUCUGAUCUGGAAUACCAUUUUGUUAAGCUCCUUGCUUCUUCUUUCUCGAGUGUUUCGAUUAGAUGGCAAAAAGGUAGGUUCAUUGGCGGCGGCUCGUUUGGUCAGGUCUUUGCCGCUGUUAAUUUGGAUACUGGUGGUGUGAUGGCUGUGAAAGAAAUUCGAUUCCAUGACAGCCAAUCAAUCAAAAUUAUUCCGUCUAUCAGAGAUGAGAUGACUGUGUUGGAAAUGUUGAACCAUCCUAAUGUCGUGCAGUACUUUGGUGUGGAGGUUCAUAGAGACAAAGUCUACAUCUUCAUGGAAUUCUGUGAGGGUGGCAGUCUUUCAGGUCUUUUAGCUCACGGUCGUAUCGAGGACGAAAUGGUGAUUCAAGUCUACACUCUACAAAUGUUGGAAGGUUUGGCAUAUCUUCAUCAGUCUGGUGUUGUUCAUCGCGAUAUCAAGCCCGAGAAUAUCUUAUUGGACCACAAUGGAGUCAUCAAGUUCGUCGAUUUUGGAGCUGCUAAAAAUAAUCCGGAGAACUUGAACUCAAUGACAGGAACGCCAAUGUAUAUGUCUCCUGAGGUUAUUACUGGUCAGUCAACAGCCAAGAAUGGAAUUGUUGAUAUUUGGUCUCUUGGUUGCUGUGUUCUAGAAAUGGCUACUGGAAGACGCCCUUGGGCUAAUCUUGACAAUGAGUGGGCCAUCAUGUACCAUAUUGCUGCUGGGCAUAAGCCACAAUUGCCUUCACCUGAUCAGUUGAGCGAAUCUGGUCGCAAGUUUUUAUCUAGAUGUCUCGAGCAUGAUCCAACGAAGAGGCCAAGCGCAGUGGAACUCUUGAGCGACCCUUGGAUUGUGCAGAUUCGACAAGCGGCCUUUGGUUCUAGCGAUGGCUCCACACCUUCCUCCGAACAUGGUCCUGCCAUUACUCCUACCAGUGAAGCGUCAGCCCCAUUAAGCUCUUCGUCGGAUCACAGCCAUCAGUUUGGCGAGAAUUAG